AUGGCGACAAUGGAGAGUUUGAUAGGGCUGGUGAACAGAAUACAGAGGGCCUGCACCGACCUCGGAGACUACGGCGGAGACGACCUCGCUUUCUCUUCUCUUUGGGACGCUCUUCCCUCUGUCGCCGUCGUGGGUGGCCAGAGUUCGGGAAAGUCAUCGGUGCUCGAAAGCAUUGUAGGGCGAGAUUUUCUUCCUCGAGGCUCUGGCAUUGUCACUAGGAGGCCGUUGGUGUUGCAGUUGCAGCAAACUGACCAAGGACAGCAGGAUUAUGCCAUCUUCGGGCAUUUGCCUCAGAGGCGGUUCACCGAUUUUUCCUUGGUACGCAAGGAAAUUCAAGAUGAAACUGAUAGAGUUACGGGGAGAACAAAACAGAUUUCUCCUGUUCCUAUUCAUCUAGGCAUCUAUUCACCAAAUGUUGUCAAUUUAACUCUGAUCGAUCUUCCUGGUUUAACAAAAGUUGCUGUUGAGGGGCAAUCAGAAAACAUAGUCCAAGACAUUGAAGAUAUGGUUCGUUUAUACGUUGAGAAGCCCAAUUCCAUCAUACUGGCAAUAUCUCCAGCAAACCAAGAUAUUGCCACAUCAGAUGCCAUUAAACUUGCCAAGGAUGUGGAUCCUUCAGGUGAACGAACAUUUGGAGUGUUAACGAAACUGGAUCUGAUGGACAGAGGAACUAAUGCACUUGAUGUUCUGGAAGGAAGAUCGUAUCGCUUACAACACCCCUGGGUGGGUAUAGUCAAUCGGUCACAAGCCGAUAUCAAUAAGAAUGUUGACAUGAUUGCUGCCAGGCAAAAUGAGCGAGAGUAUUUUUCUACUAGUCCUGACUAUGCACACUUGGCAAGUAAAAUGGGCUCUGAGUAUCUUGCAAAGCUUCUCUCGGGGCAUUUGGAAGCUGUGAUUAGGGCAAAAAUUCCAAAUAUUACUUCGUUGAUUAACAAAAGCAUUGAUGAACUUGAAUCUGAGCUCGACCACCUGGGAAGGCCUAUUGCUGUUGAUGCUGGGGCUCAACUGUACACCAUCUUGGAACUAUGCCGUGCUUUCGACCGCAUAUUCAGAGAACAUCUUGAUGGAGGCCGACCAGGAGGAGAUCGGAUUUAUGAAGUUUUUGACCAUCAGCUGCCAGCAGCUUUCAGAAAACUUCCAAUCGACCGGAACCUUUCUCUACAGAGCGUGAGGAAAAUUGUCACGGAAGCUGAUGGUUACCAACCACACUUGAUUGCUCCGGAGCAAGGUUAUAGGCGUCUUAUUGAGGGCUCCGUGACCUACUUUAAAGGACCUGCCGAAGCUACUGUCGACGCCGUCCAUUUUGUGCUCAAGGAGCUCGUGAGGAUGUCAAUUGGGGAGUGUCAGGAAAUGAAACGUUUCCCUAGUCUACAAACAACAAUAGCAGGAGCGGCAAAUGAGGCUUUGGAAAGGUUUCGUGAGGAGAGCAAGAAAACAGUAACUAGAUUGGUUGAUAUGGAAUCUUCAUAUCUGACCGUUGAUUUCUUCCGGAGGCUUCCACCGGAACUCGAGAGAACUGGAGGUGGCAGUCAAGAGGUAGGGAGAGCAGCAGAGAACACGAGAAGUAAAUUACGUGGGAACUUGAGGGAACACUCACCACCAGCAGCAGACCCAACACCAACAGUUGAUCGUUACUCAGAGGGGCACUUCAGGAGAAUAGGGUUGAAUGUGUCGUCUUAUGUGCAUAUGAUUUCUGAUCAACUCAAGAACACAAUACCCAAGGCGGUCGUCCACUGUCAAGUUAAGGAAGCCAAACAGAAUUUGCUCAAUUACUUCUAUACGCAGAUUGGGAAGAAAGAGGGCAAGCAAGUAGGAGAGUUAUUGGAUGAAGAUCCGGCACUGAUGGAGCAGAGGCAGCAGUAUGCAAAAAGGCUUCAACUGUUCAAGAAAGCCAGGGAUGAGGUUGACUCAGUAACAUGGACCAGAUGA